CGGCGACGGAGCGACUAUUAGCAUAUUAUCAUCUCUCUUCGCGGCUGAGCUUCAAUUCCGAUGGCGUCUGGCGGUGGAAACGCAGGGGUAGAGUGGCACGUUAGGCCUCCUAACCCUAAGAACCCCGUCGUGUUCUUCGAUAUCACCAUCGGUAACAUCCCGGCUGGUAGAAUCAAGAUGGAGCUCUUCGCCGAUAUUGCCCCCAAAACUGCUGAGAAUUUCAGGCAGUUCUGCACUGGCGAGUACAGGAAAGCCGGUCUUCCUGUUGGUUAUAAAGGCUGUCAAUUUCAUAGGGUGAUUAAGGAUUUUAUGAUACAAGCUGGUGACUUCGUGAAGGGUGAUGGGAGUGGAUGUGUUUCCAUCUAUGGACACAAGUUUGAUGAUGAAAAUUUUAUUGCUAAACAUACUGGCCCAGGCCUUCUAUCAAUGGCAAAUAGUGGACAGAAUACCAAUGGUUGCCAGUUUUUUAUAACAUGUGCAAAAUGUGACUGGCUGGACAACAAGCAUGUCGUUUUUGGGAGGGUGCUUGGAGACGGCCUUUUGGUUGUCAGGAAGAUUGAAAAUGUGGCCACUGGACCCAAUAACCGGCCUAAAUUAGCUUGCGUCAUUGCUGAGUGUGGAGAAAUGUAAAUCUAAGCUUUUAACACUACUUUAAUUAGCAAAUAUCUAUUGAAUCAUUUGUAAUAAAAUUGUGAAUUAUGAUACACGUGGACUGACAACUGGGGAUUAGAAUGUAUACAGACUCUGGAUGAAAACAACUAUUUGCAGUUCUGUUUUUAUCA